GGGGGCGAACAGGUGCCGGAGGGUGCGGGGCGGCCGCCGCGGCCAUGAGCGCCAUGGGGAGGCGGGAAGCGGGACCGGGGUCGGGGCUGGUCCUGCUGCUGCUGCUGCUGCUGCUGGAGGGUCACUGGGGGACGGUGGCAGCGGAUGAGCCAGUGCCGUGCGGGACCCCCGUGCGCCGGCGAGUGGUGGGGGGCACGGGGGCGCGGGCAGGGCAGUGGCCCUGGCAGGUCAGCCUCGCUUUUCGGGGACGUCACGUCUGCGGGGGGUCCCUCAUCGCCCCCGCCUGGGUCCUCACCGCUGCGCACUGCUUCCCGCUGGAGAACCCCCUCUCCGAAUACCGGGUGACGCUGGGGGCCCUCCAGCUCCUGUCCCCCCCCGCCGACGCCCAAGUGAGGCGGGUGGCCGCCGUCACCCGCCACCCCGCUUACCGCGACGGUGACGUCAGCGAGGCGCACGGCGACGUCGCCGGGGACCUGGCGUUGGCACGGUUGGACCCCCCCGCCACCCCCACCCGUCUGGUUCGCCCAAUUUGCCUGCCCGGUCCUGCCGUCCGCUUCCCCCCCGGCACCAACUGCACCGUCACCGGCUGGGGGGACGUCCACACCGCUGGUCAGUGUCACCCAGGAAUUUUGGGGGGGGGGGGACGGACACGGACACGGGUUGUCCCCGUCAGCACCUACGUGGUCUUGGUGACGCCGGUGUCACCGGGUUCGGUCCCCUGCCGCCCCCCCAAAACGCUGCAGCAGCUGGAGGUGCCGCUCCUCGGCCACCGGCGUUGCCGUUGCCUUUACGCGGAGACGGCCGGCAUGGGGACGCCCGCCGGGGACACGCUCUGCGCCGGUUUCCCCCAGGGACAACGGGACGCCUGCCAGGGUGACUCCGGGGGUCCCCUCUCCUGCCGGGUGGGUGACGUCUGGUUGCUGGCGGGGGUGGUAAGCUGGGGGGAGGCCUGCGGGCUUCCCGGCCGGCCCGGCGUCUACACCCGCGCCGCCGCUCACGCCGCGUGGAUCGCUGCCGCCGUCCCCGAAGCCCCCCUGCGCCACCCCCAGCUCGCGCCUUUCCCCGAGGACGAGGACGACGGUCCCUGCGGGGACGGGGACCCCCCCGUGGCCUGGCCCCGGCCCCUGCCGCCCGACGGAGGCGGCAGCGCCGGUGCCGCCCACCCAGCCGCUCGCCCCGGCCGCCUCCUGUUGCUCCUGCUGGGGUUCCUGCUGCCCCUCGGCCUCCGCUGAGCGCCCCCCCCCCCCCCACCCCGAGGGGCUGGGGGCACCCAAAAAUGACUGACGGGACCCCGAAUCGGCACCCGGAAUUGGGCGCGGGAUGCCAAGCUAGAACCUGGGACGGAUGGCACCCAAAAAAUGACUCGUGGGGUGGCCGAGAUGGCUUCAGGCACCCCAACUUGGCACCCAAAAAUGGCUGACGGGACCGCCAGCUCGGCACCCAGGACGGAGCACCCGCUGUGACCCUGGGCCCAACUUGGCACCCGUGGUGUGUCCGUCCGUCCGUCCCCCCCCCGCCCCGAAUAAAUCAUCUGAACACA